CCCCAGCCUCUAGGGAGCUCCGCGGCUACCCUCCCAGACGUGGAAGACUGUGGCCUGCUGGAAGUGCAGAACUCAGCCCCAGCAUCCACUACCUCCAAAAGCUCUAUGCAGGUGCCACGAGAUGGAGAGGACUUUGCCAACCAAACCUGGUACCACGGUCCCCUGUCCCGCCAGAAGGCAGAGGCUCUUCUUCAGCAAGAUGGUGACUUCUUGGUUCGUGCAUCUCCGUCCCGCGGGGGCCACCCUGUGAUCUCCUGCCGCUGGCAGGGCUCAGCACUACACUUCGAGGUGCUCCGUGUGGCCUUGCGUCCCCGGCCAGGCCGGCCCACCUCCCUCUUUCAGCUGGAAGAUGAACGUUUCUCAAGCCUGCCCGCCCUGGUUCGCAGCUAUGUGACUGGCCAGCGCCCACUGACCCAAGCUACAGGGGCUGUGGCCUCCAGGCCGGUGAUGCGGGAAGGGCCCAUUCGACGCAGCUGGAGUGAGGACACCCUCCUAGACAGCCAGACUCAGAGAGAGCGCCUCAGGGCUAGGAAGUGGAGUGACAGCCAGCCUACAGGUUUGGAGCAAGCUGGGCGGUCAAGAGAAGGCCGCUAUGAACCAGGAGCCUCUGCUAUGCCCACACUUGCGCUGUCUCGCAUGGGUAGUGACCCUGAGUUGCUGAAGACCCUGACUCCCCUGGGAUUCAUUGCUGGCAGCCUCAGGGCCUCGGAUGGGCAGCUUCUUGCCAAGGUGCCAACCAAGCCACCUCAAACACCCUCACUGGUGCUGCCUGAUGCCUCUGGACAACCCCCAGUGGACUGUCAGCCGAUAUGCCAAGUGUCCAGUGCCCAGGGAACACCCCCUGGCCACAGCUGCCCACGGCCAGAAGCCCCAUGGUGGGAGGCCCAGGAGGAGGAGGAGGAGAGGUGUUUUGCAAAACCAGAGGCAGAGGUCUCUUUCUGCCCCCCUGACACCCCCUCCAGCCUGCUGGGUCCCCAGAAUCGGCCCCUACAACCUGAAGUCCUGUGUGCUCUCCGAGGCCUAUUCCUGGAGCACCAUGCUGGGAGCAUUGCUCGCCACCUACUAUUGGCAGACUGCCAGGCUGCUGGCCUACUGGGAGUGACCAAAGUUCAGCAGGAUGCCAUGGGGGUUGCUUCUGGCCUGGAGCUGCUCACACUUCCCCAUGGCCAUCGCUUGAGGUCAGAACUGCUGGAAAGGCACGAGGUGCUGGUGCUGGCCGGCGCACUGGCGGUGCUAGGCUGCACAGGAUCGCUGAAGGAGCGCACAGCUGCCCUGAGAGGCCUGGUGGAUCUGGCACUGGCGCUGCGGCCAGGGGCGGCAGGGGACCUGCCUGGAUUGGCAGCGGUCAUGGGCGCCCUGCUCAUGCCCCAGGUGUCCCGGCUGGAACGCACGUGGCGCCAGCUCCGACGGAGCCACACCGAGGCCGCGCUGGCCUUCGAGCAGAAGCUCAAGCCGCUGAUGCGGGCGCUGGAUGAGGGCACCGGACCCUGCGACCCUGGCGAGGUGGCGCUACCUCACAUAGUACCCGUGGUGCGCCUGUUGGAGGGCGAGGAACUCCCGGGGCCGCUGGACCGGAGCUGCGAGCAGCUGCUGCGCACUCUGCAGGGGGCGCGUCACAUGGCCCAGGACGCACCCAAAUUCCGUCAGGCCGCGGCCCGGCGGCUACGAGGAUUCCGGCCCAACCCGGAGCUGCAGGAGGCCCUGACCACUGACUUCGUGCGGAGGCUGCUUUGGGGGAGUUGGGACGAGGGAGCGCCACGAGCUGCUCGUCUGGAGAAGUUUCAGCACAUCCUCAGUGUCCUGUCGCAGCGCCUGGAGCCUGACUGCUGAGAGUGCAGACCCCUUUCUUCAUACUGGGACACUCAAGACUUCUGGGGACCCCAGCAGGAGACCAAGGAAGUCAUCCCAGGCUGCUCACACAGCCAAGCAGGGUGAGGACCCACACCCUGGCUUGGAGAGGGAAAAGGGCCAUGUUUGUAAGAACCCACCCUGCUCCCUAAAAACAGACAGGGAUCCUGGGGUGAGGGGCAGCCUCCUCCUCUGCACUAGAAGAUGCAGGUAUAUGGAGGCCUUGGCUGCCGCUCCCUCUCCUUCUCCCUCUCCCACCCCCACCCAUAUCCCACAAAUGGUGAACAUGCAGCUUCUAAUAAGAGAACUUGCAGACUAAGAGGCUGGAGUUCAAAUGCCUUUUAAAAGUUGUGUGACUUAUAGCCCUGACUAGUGUGGCUCAGUGGGUUGGGUGUUAUCCCACAAACCAGGUCGCUGGUUCGACUGCAAGUCAGGGAACAUGCCUGGGUUGUGGGCCAGAUCCCAGGACGGAGGCUUG